UCUGACCUCCAGGUGACCUACAGCCAUGAAGACCCUCACCCUCCUCGCUGCCAUCCUCCUGCUGGUCCUCCAGGCCCAGGCUGAGCCACUCAGACAAACAGCUGAUGAGGUCCCAGCCCAGGACAAGACUGGAGUAGAGGACCUGGACGUGGAGGUCUCCUUUGCAGGAUAUGAAAGCUUAGUCCAAGAGGCUUCAGGCGUAAGGAGCAUCUGCUACUGCAGAAUUAGAUUCUGUAUUGGACUGGAACGUCGCUUCGGGAGGUGCUACCUCAAUGGUCGUGUCUACCUGUUUUGCUGCAGAUGAGCUUCAAAAACAGACAGAAGACUCAUACUUUGCUUUGAAGAUCUAUAAGAGAAUUAUUGUUAUUCUUUAUACCUUGUCCUCAAUUUCCUUUCCUUAUCCCAAAUAAAGUCCUUGCAGCAAGUUAAAAAAGAAAAAAAGAUAUUAUUAACAAAGGCAUAAAAAUAUAAAGUGCCUAGUAAAUCUAACAAAAUUGUGUAAGAUCUCUGGCGGGAAAACAAUAAAAGUUUAUUGGCAACUAUUAACAAAAA